CCGCCCCUGCUUGCCGCCUUGGCCGCGCCUUCAAGACCCUGGUCCUCCGCACCCAAGCCCAGGGCGACGUGGAUCCCCACCCCCUCGACUCCCCACACACCCUGGUCCUGGAUGACCCCUUGCCGCAGGAUGGUUCCCCAGUCGUCUGGCGACGAUUCUCCAAGGCGUCUAACAUGAACCGGCUCCAAAAUGCCAAAAUCCACGUGGAGAGAGCUGUCAAGCAGAAGAAGAUCUUUACCAUCCAAGGCCGCUACCCGGUGAUCCGGUGUCUCUUGCGCCAGAGGGGCUGGGUGGAGAAGAAGAUGGUCCAUUGCUCAGGCUCCACCCUGCUGCCACUCCAGAAGGAUCCGGAUAGCUCAGUGAUGGGUAACAGUGACACCACUGAGGAUGAGGAUGAAGAUGAGUAUGAGGAGUUCCAGCCACCACAGGUGUUCGACUUCGAUGAUUUACUGAAAUUUGAUGACCUAGAUGGAACACAUUCUCUGAUGUCUCGCAUGGUUCGGAAUGAGACUCCCUACUUCAUCUGGACCACUCGGCGGGACGUGCUUGACUAUCGCUUCCUCUCUAAGGAUCAGAUGAUAAACCACUACGCCCGGGCUGGCUCCUUUACCACAAAGGUGGGUCUAUGUCUCAAUCUCCGGAAUUUGCCAUGGUUUUAUGAGGCUGAUGCUGACUCCUUCUUCCCACGCUGCUACCGCCUGGGGGCUGAGGAUGACAAAAAAGCCUUCAUAGAAGACUUCUGGCUGACAGCUGCCCGCAACGUUCUCAAGCUGGUGGUAAAGUCUGAGUGGAAGUCAUACCCUAUACAGGCAGAAGAGGAAGAAGCCACAGGAGACAAGCAGCCCAAGAAACAGGAGAAAAACCAAGUGUUGGUGUCCCCAGAGUUUGUGGAUAAAGCUCUGUGUGCGUGCGAGGAGUACCUUAGCAACCUGGCCCACAUGGACAUCGACAAGGACCUGGAGGCCCCACUGUAUUUCAGCCCCAAGGACUGGUCCCUCUUCCUCCAGUGCUACUACCAAGUGGUCCACAAAGGGGCAGAACUCAGGCACCACGACACUCAGGUCCAGCACUGUGAGGACAUCCUGCAGCAGCUGCGGGCUGUGGUACCCCAGAUAAACAUGGAAGGGGAUCGCAACAUCUGGAUCGUGAAACCAGGAGCCAAGUCUCGCGGACGAGGCAUCAUGUGCAUGGACCACCUGGAGGAGAUACUUAAGCUGGUGAACGGCAAGCCCAUGAUGAUGGACAGCAAAUGGGUGGUACAAAAGUAUAUUGAGCGGCCCCUGCUCAUCUUUGGCACCAAGUUUGACCUGAGACAGUGGUUCCUGGUAACUGACUGGAACCCACUUACCGUGUGGUUCUACCGUGACAGCUAUCUCCGCUUUUCCACGCAGCCGUUCUCCCUGAAGAACUUAGACAAAUCAGUGCACCUGUGCAACAACUCCAUCCAGAAGCACCUGGAGAACUCAUGCCAUCGGCAUCCACUGCUGCCUCCAGACAACAUGUGGUCCAGCCAGAGGUUCCAGGCUCACUUGCAGGAGAUGGGGGCCCCAAAUGCUUGGUCCACCGUCAUCGUGCCUGGCAUGAAGAAUGCUGUGAUCCAUGCACUUCAGACCUCCCAGGACACUGUGCAGUGUCGGAAGGCCAGCUUUGAGCUCUAUGGCGCUGACUUUGUGUUCGGGGAGGACUUCCAGCCCUGGCUGAUUGAAAUCAAUGCCAACCCCACCAUGGCACCCUCCACAGCAGUCACUGCCCAGCUCUGUGCUGGUGUGCAAGCUGACACCCUGCGAGUCGUCAUUGACCGGCGGCUGGACCACAACUGUGACACAGGAGCCUUUGAGCUCAUCUAUAAACAGCCUGCUGUGGAAGUGCCCCGAUAUGUGGGCAUCCAGCUCCUGGUAGAGGGCUCCACCAUCAAGAAGCCCAUGGUGAUGUGUCAUCGGCGGAUGGGGGUCCACCCAGCACUCCCCCUGCUGAGCCAGAGAAGCUCUGGGGAAGACAAGGACUCGGGGACCCCUACCCACAGGUCAGCUUCUAGGAAAGAUGCUGGGGCCAGGAGCCUGGAGCACAGUGAGAAGCCAGACUCCACUGCCACCACUUCAGACCCCGGAAAGGGGAAGAAAGCCCCUCACCAUUUCCCCAGCCUCCACACCAAGGCCCAGCUGCCUUCUCCCCAAGUACUCCAACACCAGGGCCAGGUCCUCAGACAACAGCACAGCAAGCUGGUGGGCACUAAGGCCCUGUGGAUCACAGGCAAGGCCUUGAGGACUCUACCCACGCCCAAGGUCUUCAUUUCCCUCCCACCUAACCUUGAUUUCAAGGUGGCACCCAGCAUCCUGAAGCUAAGAAAGGUUCCUGCUCCCCUGUGCCUCCGAGGCCACCACCUGGAAAUGCGUUGCCUCUGCCCUUUGAAGUUGGAACAAUUCCUAUCACCCGUAAGAAAGGCAAGUUCAAGGCCAGACUGUGACAAACCCAGGGCUGAGGCCUGCCCUGUAAAGAGGCUGAGCCCCCUGAAACCCCUGCCCCUUGUUGGUACAUUCCAGAGGGGCAGGGGUCUGGGGGAUAUGAAGCUAGGGAAGCCCCUGCUUUGAUUCCCCACUGCCCUUGUCCUGGAUCCAACACCAAAUAAAAAGAAAGAAGUGAAGUA